AUGAGCGGACUAAUCAACCGACAAGCCCGCGGCUUCGUCGCCCUCGGCGACAGCUACAGCGCCGGUAUAGGCACCGGCCUAGACGACAAGGAGCUCCCAUCGGAGGGCGACUGCCGCCAUGGCGUGCACGCCUACCCGGAGCUGAUCCACCGCGACCUCAACAACGCCACGGGCCCCAACACGACCUUCCAGUGGCUCUCGUGCACCGGCGCGGUCACGGCAGACAUCCUCUCCGGCGGCGGGGGCAAGCACAGCGCGCACGAUGGGGGCCAGGUCGACGUCCUCAACGCCUCGCUGCCGCUCGACUUCGCCACCCUGUCGGUGGGCGGCAACGACAUGGGCUUCUUCGACGUCAUGAACGCGUGCAUCUUCCGCUUCUACUCCUUCUACAGCGGCACCUGCGAGGCAGCCCUCGAGGCCGCCGACGCGGCCGUGAAGAGCAGCGUCUUCGAGCAGCGGCUCGCGGUGAUCCUGCACGAGGUGCUCGACAAGGUGGCCUGGGAGAAGCGGCCGCGGUUCAGCAUCACCGUCACGGGGUACGCGCGCUUCUUCGACGCCGACACGCCUGGUUGCGACGACAUGUCCCUGGGCGUGUGGUACGGCGGGCCGAAGCUGUCGCGGGACAUCAGGGGCCGGAUGAACGCGCUGGUCGAUGCUGCCAAUGCGAAGCUGCGGCGGACUGUCGAGUCGGUUCAGGAGGGGUUCAGGGGCGCCACGCCGAGGGUGGUUUUUGUCGAUUACGAUGAUCUCUUCGAGGGUCACCGGUUCUGCGAGCCCGGCGUGCUUGAGCCUGCGUACAACCGGACGGAUAGCUGGUUCUUCCUCGUUGGUGGCCCAGAUAAUGCGAGGAACGAGACGACGUGGCCGAACGGGACGAAUGGUGAUCCAGAUGCGACGAGAUACCAGACGGAGAAGGUGCUAUCGCCCCUGUCGCCCCUGGUCGACCCUCAUACCUGCCUGGCUCGGGCCCAGGAAGGAGGGGACUGGGGCGAGCUUGCGCUGUGUUACAUGGCCAUGGCGAAGCAUCGCGACCCUUCACUCCGGCCGGCGCACGACGGCGUCACGGCUCAGAACAUGUGGUGGGUGCCGACCUACUACGGCAAGACGUUUCACCCACGGACACUCGGCCACGAAGCCAUCAGGGACAGGAUCUACCAAGUAUGGGAGCAGCACGGGCUGUGA